ACCACAGGGCAGGUCACAACACUCCUCUAAGCUCCUGGGGGAGCAGUUUCAUUUCAACAGGAAGGCAAACUUCCCCCUUGAGCACUAGCUAGAAGGGAGUCUGUGAGGAACUGAAUGCAGCAAGUGAUAACAUAUUCUGCUUGUGCAUCCUCUUUCUGCUAGACAAGUUGGGGAGGCUUGGGAGCAAGAAAACAUCAAUUCCUCCUUUGCAGACCUGCUCUUGCUCUGCCUCUGUGGCAAAGGAUCAUAUCUACCAAGAAGAAUAACAAUGGAUGGCAGUUCAGAAAAUACACAGGGCAUUCUUGUUAUCUAUGAAGAAGCUGCAGAGGAAUGGGCUCUGUAUUUAAAAUCAAUUUUCAAGCACAUUAUACUAGAAGACAAGAUCUUACUUUACGACUUAGAAGCUGCAUCGAUUCACCAUUCAGAAGUGCCAUUUCUUUGCUCUUACAGAUGCAAACUGUUGAUAAUAUCAAAUGGUCUUUUAAAGGGCCUGAAUCUGAAAAAAAGAUAUUUUCUGAACAAGAUUCUACAGCCUCCUGAAAGGGUAGCUAUUUUGCUUUGUGGGGUAGAAGAUUCAACUCUUAUCUAUCAGACACUGAACAUAGACAAAUGCAAUCAAUUGAUGACCACGGAUCAAGGCCCGGAAGAUUAUCUUGCUGUUAUAUCUGAUAUUAUUCAACAAGGUGCACAUGAUCCCUUAUCUUUGGACCUAGAAAGGAGCUUGAGGCUAAGUGAUGGAAGUGUGGAAAGUGAGGAGGUGACCGAGACGGUGGGAAGGCCAGAGGUGUUAGUGUUGCCAAAAAGGAUACCAUGUGAGUGCCCUGGAGAGAUGUUCAUUAUUUUAAGAGAUGAUGUCCCUGAAGAUUCAGUAAUCAUUGAAUUUAUAACGGAAAAUAAAUGGAUCAGAAUUGAGCCAGAUUUUUGGAAUCAGAAAGUCAGAUUCAUCAAAGCUCUAGAUUUUCCUGCUGGCUUUGUAAAUGUAAAUAUCUACUGUGGAGGAGACAUUAAAGCCACAGUGCAGAUUGAAUACUAUUCAACAAUUGGAGAGUUUGAGCAGAUACUUCAGAAAGUGGCUGAUCCAAUUGCAUUUGCCUGUCAGGCUUUCAAGUUUUCCUCAGCAGAGAAAAUGGAUAACAUUCUCACACUCUUGCUGAAAAGUUCAAUUAUUUCUCAUGAUUUUAGCAGUUUUCCAAAUGAAGUCACGGAUCAUGACCAGGAAACUGAUUUGCAGUUAGAGGAACUUCCCACUCUUCUCCAUUGUGCAGCUAAAUUUGGAUUAAAGAAACUUGCUGCACUUCUUCUCCAAGAUCCCGAUGUCAUUCAAGCAUGUACAAUUACUAAUAAGUAUGGAGAAAACCCUGCUCAUGUUGCAAAAAAGUAUGGCCAGAAGGAAAUUUGGAAGAUCCUUACAGAAUUGCCAAUAAAUGAAGACAAAAACACAAGUGAUGAGAACGAAAUAAAAGCUGAGGAUGACAUUUAUGUGUUUAUGAUGAGCUCAGAUUCUCAUUCUAAUGGACUUGGCAGACCAAGCAUAGAAGAACCACCUGGAGCCUAUUUGAAAAUCCAGAAGAAGAAAGAGAUGAAUGCUGAUGCAGAACCAAAAGAAUAUAAUGAGGAAGGAAUGGUAGAAAAAGAAGAAGGAAAUAAAUUAGAAGAAAAUACAUGUCAUCUGAGAAAUAGUUGUUACGGCUUGUAUAGUAAAAUACUUAAGGAUGUCCCAGAAGCAAAGAGUGAAAACGUCAGUCUCUCAGAGGGACCACCUUUGCCACCCCGAAAUCAAUCUGUUGCCAGUAAACAAAGUGAACUUUUCUACUUGUAUUCAGCCUGUAAAAGAGUGGAAGGCCAAACGGAAAAUAAGGGGACAGAUGGAGAGCCAAAGAUAAAUGAUUAUUUUGACGAAAUAGAUGGCGAAGAUCCAUACACUUCUGCUGUAGUAAAUGAUGGUGUGUAUGAUACAAUUAUCGAUAAUAAACUUCAAGAGCAAAGGAAAGACGGUAGAUCCUUUAUUAUGAAUCGGCCACCAGCACCUGCACCACGUCCUUUGUCUGUUGCUGCAAAAGAGGAGAGCACUUCUUAUAUAGCUCAAGUCUUUCAGCAAAAGCUGACUAGGACUCAUGCUGGUAAUGAGAAGCUGUUGAACGCUGUCAGGAAGCCAGGAACUCCAAUGGCAACUAAAUUUAAUGAGAGUGAAUUAAUCAAAGAAAUGGCCAUGAAACUGAAUGACAGAAGUUAUGAGGACAAGGUCACAUACACCAUUGUCAAGCCCAAAAUCCCACCAAGCCAGGAAGAACACCUCUUGUUCCAACAGCAAUUGAAAAAGGGAAACAGUUCCAUGGUUGAAAUUCAGAAACUCAAGCACUGGCAAAUCCAUACAAAUAGACCAGAAACUACUCAGCAGGUGAUGGGAUAUUUCAGGGAGCAACUCAAUACAGACAAUGAAAGUGGACUGUAAUUUCCUUUACAGCAGGGAUCAUCAAACUUGGAAUUCUUCAAUCAAUUGUGGGAAAGUUAUUAAAGAAAUAACUGAACUUCGAUAGCACUGAUGUCUUGAUUUAUGGAUUUCAAAUAUAAAUAUUUAUCUGGACAGUCUCUGAUUUAUUCUAACAAGUAUUCAUUCUGACAGUUGUUCCAGGAACCUAAAAAACAUCCUAGUAGACAUCAAUAGAUGCUAUUCCCAAAUAAACAGAGGAGGAAAAAUUCUUUGGGACUUGAUUUUUUUUCAUAAUUAUGCAACUGAUUCCUUUUGUAUUAUUUAUUUAGUGUAUGGUGAUAUUACAAUUAGCCAAGUGACUACAGUGUUAGUCCAAAGUAGUUAUUUGGCUGCUGAUCUUUUUGGCAAAUUGUAUCUUAUUGUCUCUUAUUGGCACAUUGGAAUAUAAUCCUGUAGCAAAAUCCAAAUGAACAAAGAAAUAUAUCUGUUAACGAAAAAAAAAAAUCUCAAAAUGUUUAUAUUGGAAUAUUUGAGUAAAAAAAUAUUCUAUAUACGGAUAAAUUGGUGGCAAAACUGCACAUUUUAUGACUGUGUAUAUCUUACAAAGAUAUACACAUUAUUAUGCAUAAUAAAAUGUAAAAAAAUUAUACUAACACUUUCCAUCCAAAUUACCAGAGAGAAACUCAGAUGACCAAUCAAGAAAAAAUCCCACAAAUUAAAUCAAAUCAAAUCUUUAUUGCGAUAAUAGACCAGCAUAAGGAGGGUGAGUUACAGUCAUUAAACAUCCUAGAGAAUCUAACAGAAUUAUUGUUGGUUUACAGGAGCUUAAAAGGUUAGUAUGUGGAAGACUAGCAUGUUUAAGAGCAUUGUAUGUGACAAACUAAGUGCUCAUUAAAUCUAAUUUAUAGCGCA